AUGGCAGACAGUAAGGAGAAUUACUAAAGAGAUCUUGGGAGUUAAAGGGUUAAAGAUUGCAGAAAAUGUUAGGUUGGCCUGACAGACAAAGUGUCUUCUUGUUGUUGCACAAGUUUGCAGUUUACCCAGUGUGUUAUACCCAGUACUUGGAAUCUUUAAUAAUAAACAGUUGUAUGUAUAUACUUUAGGUGUUUUUCAAAAUUUCUUCAGUGGUCAGUGGUAUAGGCAAUUACUUCUGUCACCCUACCUUGUAAUUACUGCUACCCUAAGUUACACUCUUAAAAUCUUUAACUCACCAGGUGGUUCUUCUGGCUCUGCAUUUUGAGUUUGUGUUUCUUUGUUAUACAAAACUGGUUCCUGAUGAAAAUGUACAGAAUGAUUUUUCAGUGUCAAGAUGUAAAAGGCACAGCAUUUUUUAUCUUUGCACACUGUGUGUAAGAUUUCUCUUCAGCAUUCAUGUACUAUGCCCAAGACAUAAAAUUUACACCAAAAUUGUUGCCUUUCUUGUCGGAACCCAUGGAAAUGUACAGAAUUCAGAAAAAUUCAGAAUGGACAAUAUGCAUACUGAUUUUAGGGUGUAAAGGAUAUAUUAAACUAAACUUCUGAGCCCCAGUUUAAAUUUUCAUCCUGGUUUCUUCACUCCUCUGUUCAAAAACCUGUUUGGGUAAAUUUUAUCUCUUCUCUUCAAAGCAUCCAAACACCAAAUUGUAACCAAAAAAAGUAUACUGAAUUUUCUUUCAAGUAUUCAGAUCUGAAAUCAAAUUUUACACCAACCCUGGGUUAUCUUGACCCAACCUGGCCCAGGGCCUAAUUGUUUGAUUGUGGAUUAGCUCCAACCAAGGGUUACAAUUUAAUCCAGGUUUCUUCAUACCUUUGUUCAAAAGCCUUUUUGGAAUAAUUUUUGCUUUUCUUUUAAGAACAAAAAAAAAAUGGAGAACAAAAUAAAAAUGGUGGACAAAAAGAUUGAAGAGCUGGAUUUUAUUUAUAAGUUUUCAGAUCUUAAAUCAGAUUUCACUCAAACCCUGGAUUAAUUCUGAACCCAGCCUUAAACAACAUGAGCCAAGACCCAAUUGUUUGAUGGCAGAUUAGUGCUAGCACAGGGUUUGAUUUUAAUUUUAAUCCAGACCUUUGUGGACAAAAAGAGUUCAACUGAAUUUUCUUUUAAAGAUUUCAGAUUUGAAAUUAGAUUUCACACAAACCCUUUGUUAUCCCAGCUUUGAACAACCUAGUCCUGGUAAGUAUAUAAAGUCACCACUACCUGAAACUUGUUUUGAAUUACUGGUAGCUUAUCAGCAUGGUUGUAACACUACUGAAGGUACAUUUUACAAGGUGAUAUGCAUAGUGGCUGAAAGAAAUGUACUGAAACAGUGAUGGUACUGACCUUGGGUGGAAUAUUUGUCUGAGUAAGCUGUGAUACACCCAACUUCACUAGCCUUUUCUUCUCUCUAAAGGGAAAGUAAGUGACCAUUUGAUAAAUGAUAAAUUGAGUUGGCUGGUGGAAUAUGGAAAAUUAGCUAUAGUAAAAAGGGUUGUAGCUAAGAAAUAAACUACUGGCUGAAAUUUUAAAGUGAGGCAGCACAAGGAUAGCAGUAUUGCUAGGCUUCCUGUUUACAAAACAGUGAUGCAAGAAAUGAAAAGAAGUCACAUAAAAAAGUGCUCAUACAGUGUUUUAUUAUAAUGUCCCUUAUACUCAGGUUAGUAAGGUAUACAUAUAAAUAUUUUCAAUUAGAUGAAAGAAUUUGCUAUCAAACAAUUGUGAGUGUGUAACAUCAAAAAUUCAGCCCCCAACUGCCACCUUUUAAUCUGGCAAACUUUGCCAGCUGUCACCACUAAGCAACAAGCCAGGUAAAAGGCAAUUUAUUAGUCCAUACAAUUUCAAGGAGCCAAAAACACAUCUUUUGACAAGAUGCAUGCACCUAGGUCUCCUCAGAAUUUCAAAUAAUGGUUUUGGGGGCAGAUCGAAAACUGGAGAACACAGAGAAAAAUCCCUAAGACAAAAACGCUGAACAAAAAAAAAAAGUAUGCACAUGUGUAAUGAUGGCAUACAAUAUUUUCCACUCAGGCCUGUUUGGAAUUUCAAAUUGUGGUUUUGGUGGAAGGACAAUAACAGAAGAACCCCAAGAAAAAUCCUCAAGACAGAAAAAAGAAUACACCAGUACUAUGAUGGUAUAAAGUAAAUUUUACUUAGGCCUGUUUGGAAUUUCAAAUUAUGGUUUUGGUGGAGAGACAAGAACUAAAGAACCCCAAGAAAAAAUCCCCAAGACAGAAAAGAGAAUACACUUGUAUGGUGAUAGUAUGAAGUAUUUUCCACUCAGGCCUGUUUGGAAUUUCAAAUUGUGGUUUUGGUGGAGGGACAAGAACUGAAGAACCCCAAGAAAAAUCCCCUAGGAGAGAAAAGAUAAUACAUGUGUAUAAUGAUGGUACAUGUAUGCUCUUUUCAGGUUUCCUCUGAUAAACUACAAACAGCUUUUGUAUGUGACCUUAAAAUAUACAAGUUACUCUUCUCAUGCUUGCUAAUUAAUCAGUGCACACAAGAACAGAGGAAAUAACCUAAAAUGGAAAAACCAACACGAUAUCAUACACAAGGUUAAAUAAUAUUACAAACACCAUGUCUGAUUUUAUAAAGAGACUGAAAUAAACUUCUUCCUUUGCCUUAACUAUAGGCAAUUCAAAAGAAGUAAAAAAAAGAAAAAAAAAAAGAAAAGAAAAGAAUAAACAGUAAUUUAUAUUAUUGGAGGCAGCAUGUUUUACUUACUGGUGUGCCAAAGGCCUUGAUGUCACAUCUUUACCUGGGCUGGCUCCUUCACUUUUGGUAGAUCUUGGUAUUAGGGGAGACACUAAUGAAAGACAUAACUCAUAUGUGAUAUUGAUGCUUAAAGCAUCCAUGUACAGUAUGGGGACAGAAAGGCUACUAGACAAGAGUGAACGUCAUACACUAUAGUUGUCAUACAGAGCUUACAAGUCUCACACAUUGAGCAUGUGAGUCACAAAAACAAAGUGAAUCUUAUGCUCUCACCUUGAAACUACAUUUGCAUUACUCCUCACACACUUAAGGUUUCUGAUUUAAACUGUUCAUUUUGAGAUAGCAAACUCCUACUUUAGUGAAGUCCCUACAAAACUGAUUCUCUCUUUAGAUGUAAAUUACUCUUUGUUCCCUUCACCUUGAGAACUUUCUAACAGUGGAAAUUCUGACACAGAGCUACUGUUACACUGGUCAAAGCACUUAACCCUUUAACUCCCGUGAGUGACCAAGACAGAAUUUCUCCUUACCAUAUCAAUACAAUAUCAUGCAGACAGGUGAUGAGAAAAGAAAAAUAUCAAUUAUUGGAUUACUAAUUGAUCCCACACCAAAUUCUCCCAACUAACAUCAUGAGAAUCAUUUGGCAGACAGUAAGGAGAUUUACCAAUGAGAUCUUGGGAGUUUAAGGGUUGAUGACCAUAACAUUAACUCUCAUGCUGACUGCAGACCUGUAAUGUGGACUUCCUCCACACAGGUUCAGAAUAAAGGAAUGCACAUCUUAGUUAUUUCACUUUUUCAGGAGAUCAUAUCUCAUUCAGGUAUUGCUAUUGAUUCAAACCAGAACAGACUGUAUGAUGCACAAUCAGCUGGCUAG